AUGUCCUCAGCCAACUCUCUUCGUUUCCCUAUGGUGGCAGUUGGCCUUGCCCAAGGACAGCAGUGGCAAUACCUGAAGCUCUCAAUGUGUGUCAGCCUGGUCAUCACUGUGACAGGUCUGCUUUUUGUGCUCCUGGUGACCUUGAAGAACCUCAGCCAGUGGGAAAUCCUGAAGAUGGCCAAAGACGAUUCCACCGUUCGUUGUUUCCAGGGCCUGUUGAUUUUUGGACACGUGAUUGUUGGUAUGUGUGGGAUUGCCCUGACAGCAGAGUGUAUCUUCUUUGUGUCUGACCAACACAGCCUUUACCCACUUCUUGAAGCCACCAACAACGAUGAUAUCUUUGGGGCAGCUUGGAUAGGCAUGUUUGUGGGCAUCUGCCUCUUCUGCUUGUCUGUUCUAGCCAUAGUAGGAAUUAUGAAGUCCAACAGGAAAAUCCUCUUGGCGUACUUCAUCAUGAUGUUUAUAGUGUAUGGUUUUGAAGUGGCGUCUUGCAUCACAGCAGCCACACAACGAGACUUUUUCACGACCAACCUCUUCCUGAAGCAGAUGCUGAUGAGGUAUCAAAACAACAGCCCCCCAACCAAUGACGACAAAUGGAAGAACAGCUAUGUCACCAAGACCUGGGAUAGGCUCAUGCUGCAGGACCACUGCUGUGGGGUAAACGGUCCGUCAGACUGGCAGAAAUACACCUCUGCCUUCCGAGUGGAGAAUAACGAUGCUGACUACCCCUGGCCUCGGCAGUGCUGUGUCAUGGACAAGCUUCAAGAGCCCCUCAACCUGGACGCUUGCAAACUCGGAGUGCCUGGUUAUUACCACAGUCAGGGCUGCUAUGAACUGAUCUCUGGACCAAUGGAUCGGCAUGCCUGGGGAGUUGCCUGGUUUGGAUUUGCUAUUCUCUGCUGGACCUUCUGGGUUCUCCUGGGCACCAUGUUCUACUGGAGCAGAAUUGAGUACUAAGCACACAGUGUCUCUCGGCCAUACCUCCCUCCUGGGUGACUUUGAAUUUGGUGCUGGCACCUGCUGUUUCGUGACACGCCCUCUGGUGACACAUGCUUGUCUCUCUCAAGUGCCAGGCCAGGUGGAAUGGCUCUCAAGAUGCUGCAAUCCUUAGCAGAAAUAUUUCUCAUCCCUGCCUAAGAUUCCGCCACAUAUUUAUAUACGAUAAGACAGAGAGUAAACUAUAUGUGUACUAUAUGUACUUAUAUGUACUAUAUAUAACUAUAUAUAGUGUGGUACUUACAUGUUCUAUAUAAGACAGAAAACUUGGAGAGGGGAGGUGACUCUCACCCCUGUUUAUGUUCAAUGUGGAGGCACAGUGAUGUUCAAAGGAACCUGUUUCACCAUUGUAAGCUCUGUCUGUAUUGAGUUAGCAAAGUCAUGAAACACAGAGCCCGUCUCUCUCACUAUUUUCUUUAACCUGGCAAGGCUUUUGCUUGUCACUGUGUAGGUUGGGGGGAGGGGAGUCGCACUGUGCAGGAGGGGGAAAUGGCAGGGCUGUGCCUUCUGCCUCUGGUUCUGCUGUGACUUCUGUCUGCCCCAGUACUGUUCCUGACACCUUUGGAUACUGUCACGCUCCAGGACGACCCUUGGUUUUCAUUUAACGGAGUGUUCAGACGUCCUCUCGUGUCCUGUGGGGUGAUGUGCACUUAGCAACCCCGUCUCUGUUCACGGGGCGUGUAAACCUUGGCAGCAUUCCCCAUGCCCAUUUUACAUCAGCUCAGUCUUUGCCCUCAAGGUUUCGACCUGGAACAGUCCUCAAACCCCGGUAUCAGUGAUUUAUGGGGACUUGUGUUUGCUGUCACAAUAGUUUGCUCGCACUAACGAUCCCGAAGUCCCUGGCGAGUCACCAUUUGUUUGCUUAUCCAUAAAUAAAGAAGCCCAUAAAAUA